AUGACGAAUCAGAUCGGCUCAAAAGAGAAGGAGGCCGCGCCGCGGGAUGACAACACAGAGAUGGCCUUUAAGGACGCGGGACACUGCAGCCGCAACACACACAACCUACUACUGGGGUUCACCGUGGGAGGUGUGGUGAUGGGAGCAAUCUUUGGGAUGCUGCUCCGGUACAUGUUGGUCACAGAUCUGGCGGCCCUCACGAUGGUGUCGUUCCCUGGAGAAAUCCUGAUGAGGAUGUUAAAGAUGCUGAUCCUGCCCCUCAUCAUCUCCAGUCUCAUCACCGGUCUGGCAGGUCUGGAUGCUCGCUCCAGUGGUCGUAUGGGCAGCAGGGCCAUGGUGUACUACAUGUCGACCACAGUGAUAGCCGCGGUGCUGGGGGUGAUCCUGGUGUUGGGGAUCCACCCUGGGAACCCCAAACUGAGGGGUGGGGGCAACACUGGUCCCUCCGCCCCCCGCAACCAGGAGGUCAGCAGCCUGGACGCCUUCCUGGACCUCAUCCGGAACCUGUUUCCCGAGAACCUGGUCCAGUCCUGCUUCCAACAGGUGCAGACGGUGUUGAAGCUGGUUCCGAUCUCUGUGUCGAACCAAUCAGAGCCACUGAUCGUGGGGAAGAAGAAGCUGGAAUACAAAUGGGGCAUGAACGUCCUGGGUCUCAUCGGGUUCUUCAUCACCUUCGGGAUCUGCAUGAGUCGGAUGGGCGAACGAGGACGUGUCAUGUGCGACUUCUUCAACAUCCUCAACGAGAUCAUCAUGACCAUGGUGUCUAUGAUCAUGUGGUACUCUCCGCUGGGCAUUGCGUCCCUGAUCGCAGGGAAGAUUGCGUCCAUCGGGGACCUGGAGGUGGUGGCGCGGCAGCUGGGGCUGUACAUGGUGACGGUGGUGGUUGGUCUGCUGAUCCACGGCGGACUCAUCCUCCCCGCCAUCUACUUUGCCAUCACCAGGAAGAGCCCUUUCACCUUCUACUCUGGCAUCUUCCAGGCCUGGAUCACGGCUCUGGGCACUGCCAGCAGUGCUGGGACCCUGCCUGUGACUUUCCGAUGUCUGGAGGAGAACCUGAAGAUAGAUAAACGUGUGACUCGGUUUGUUCUCCCGAUCGGAGCCACCAUCAACAUGGACGGAACCGCGCUGUACGAGGCGGUGGCGGCCAUCUUUAUCGCUCAGAUGAACGACAUCACUUUGGACGGAGGCCAGAUCGUCACUGUCAGCAUGACAGCGACCCUGGCCAGUGUAGGAGCUGCCAGUAUUCCCAGUGCUGGGCUGGUUACCAUGCUGCUGAUCCUGACAGCGGUGGGACUGCCCACUCAGGACAUCAGCCUCCUCAUCGCCGUGGAUUGGCUCCUUGACCGGAUGCGUACCUCCAUAAACGUGGUGGGGGACUCCUUCGGUGCUGGUAUUGUGGAUCACUUGUCUAAACUGGAGCUGGCGGAGCUUGAUGCGGCCGACCUGCAGCUGGUGCCGGCGGUGGAGGAGGAGCUGGACUUUGUGCCUCCUCCUCCGGUGUUGACGGAGCUGGUGGACACUGACUUCCCUCUUCGGCCUCCGGAGCUGCCACCGCGCUCGCCUCGGCCUCCCAAACUGAACCACCACACACUGUCACAGCACUCCAUCACCUACUCUCCGGCUCGCUCCGUUCGCUCAGUGCGCUCGCCAUCUCCUCACUCUGUGCGCUCGCCGUCUCCUCGCUCUGUUUGCUCCCACUCCCCACGGCCUUUCAGAGCCCACUCCCCACAUCUGCUGCGCCGCGUGGAGCCGGGAUACUGCCCCCUGCCCAGCAGCGACAACCAGAUCCUGUCCCAGCCGCGCUCCUUCAGAGAACCCGACCGUUAUCGUGAGCGCGACCGUGAACGCAACCGUGAACGCGACCGUGAACGCGACCGUGAGCGCGACCGUCUGCGGCGUGAGAGCGAGACUGAGGACGACGAGGACAGGGAGCGAGUGCUUGACAUCAGUGACGGAGAAGAGAGCGACGACACGGCGUACGACCGCAGACACGCCCUGUCCGCCUGCGACCUGCCCUGA